UUUUCGAAGUGAGCAGACGUGCUGUCGCGAGUUUUUGUCGGGUGUGUUUUGUUUCUGUUACAACGAAAAUUUACGACGAAAGUGCGCCAAAAACGGAAACCGAAAUAUUCCCAGCUAAAAAACAUUACAAAGAUAAAGGAAGUGAAGUGUGUAUUCAAAGUGCUAAAGAAAAAAGUCAAAACCUACAAAAGAUUCUCUACUUAACCCCAAUCCAAAAGCUUCUUCUUCAAGAUGGUGUAAGGAACGUAAACUUGAAGCACUCUGGGAAGAAUCACAAUUCAAUUAAAAUGCAAUCAACUAAAAAUCAAACACAUUUGGCUGUGAGCUAUUUGAUCUUUUUGCUCUUCAUAUUCCAUUUGCUGGCAUUGCCCACUGAAGUGAAGAGCAGUAAGGAUAAUCAGCAGCAGCCAGGAUCACGACGUUUCUCACGCGACUCGAAUGCAGCACGCGAACGACGACCCAAUAUCAUAUUGAUUCUAACCGAUGAUCAGGAUGUUGAGUUGGGUUCAUUGAACUUUAUGCCACGCACCUUGAGAUUGCUGAGAGAUGGCGGAGCAGAGUUUCGUCAUGCCUAUACCACCACACCCAUGUGUUGUCCGGCCAGAUCGUCCCUGCUGACGGGUCUCUAUGUCCACAAUCACAUGGUCUUUACCAACAAUGACAAUUGCUCCAGUCCCCAGUGGCAGGCCACCCAUGAGACGCGUUCCUAUGCCACAUAUCUAUCAAAUGCUGGCUAUCGCACUGGCUAUUUUGGCAAAUACUUGAACAAGUAUAAUGGUUCCUACAUCCCUCCAGGAUGGCGUGAAUGGGGCGGCUUGAUCAUGAAUUCGAAAUACUACAACUACAGCAUCAAUUUGAAUGGCCAGAAGAUAAAGCAUGGCUUCGACUAUGCCAAGGACUAUUAUCCCGAUUUAAUAGCCAACGAUUCGAUAGCAUUUUUGCGUUCAUCAAAGCAACAGAAUCAAAGGAAACCCGUAUUACUAACGAUGAGUUUUCCGGCUCCCCACGGGCCAGAGGAUUCUGCACCGCAAUACAGUCAUCUUUUCUUCAAUGUGACCACACACCAUACUCCAUCCUACGACCACGCCCCCAAUCCGGAUAAGCAAUGGAUCCUGCGGGUGACAGAACCCAUGCAACCGGUGCACAAACGUUUCACAAAUCUUCUCAUGACCAAACGUCUGCAGACUCUGCAAAGUGUCGAUGUGGCCGUGGAAAGGGUCUACAAUGAGCUCAAGGCAUUGGGUGAGCUGGACAAUACGUACAUUGUGUACACCUCAGACCAUGGCUACCAUUUGGGGCAGUUUGGUUUAAUCAAGGGCAAGAGUUUCCCCUUUGAGUUCGAUGUUCGUGUGCCAUUCCUAAUAAGAGGUCCUGGCAUACAGGCCUCCAAGGUGGUCAAUGAGAUUGUGCUUAAUGUGGACUUGGCUCCAACGUUUCUAGAUAUGGGUGGAGUCCCAACCCCCUCACAUAUGGAUGGCAGAAGUAUUUUGCCUUUGCUUCUCAGCAGAAAUCGUGCCGUGCGAGACAAUUGGCCGGAUAGUUUUCUUAUUGAAAGUUCAGGGCGUAGAGAGACGGCCGAACAGAUAGCCGAGUCCCGGAGACGCCUUCAAGCGGAGCGACAUGACAUGAAGCUAGUCAAUAGCACAUUGCUAGAGGAUUUCCUAGGUGGAGGACCAAAUACUACAGUCUCCACGUUCAGUAGCACGGCGGCCACAUUGUUGAGUUCCGUGACGGAGCAGUCGCAGAAUUUGGAUACCGAUGUCGAAACGGAUCCAGAAGAUGAUGAUAUCGCCGAGGAGGCUAUGGACAGUUCGGCAGCCGAAGAACCAGAAGACGCUGCUCUCGAAGAGAAUGACGAAGAUGAGCUGGAACAAGAUCAGGAGCAAGAUGAUGAUGAAAUGGUGCCACAGCAUGACAACGAUUUACCCGUAGCUCCCUAUAUAACCAAAAUGAUGCGCCUCAAUUCGGAAUGUUCGGAUCCGGCUCUGUUGAAGAACUGUUUGCCAGGUCAGAAAUGGAAAUGUGUCAACGAAGAUGGACGCUGGCGCAAACACAAAUGCAAAUUCCAUCUGCAAUUGGAACAUCAAUUGGCGACAAUGCCUCGCAAGCAAUAUCAACGGAAUUGCGCCUGCUUCACCUCCGAUGGUGUGGUCUAUACCAAAAUACGUGCCCCAAUGUCGUCUGCCUCGUCAAUGCAUCAUGUGCACAAGCGAACCCACAACUUGGCACACAGACGUAUGCGAAAUAAACGUGAACUCUAUCACACAGAAAUGCCCUAUGAAAUGGAAGAGUUACUGGAUCUUCAUCAAACGGUUGAUCUUCUCGAAGAUCAACAUCAUCGGAGUAAGCGUCAGACCAGCAAACAAAGUCAAAAUACUUCCCACGAGGCUGUCGCCCAGGUUAUUCAGCAAAUUCAGAAUACCUUGGAAACACUGGAGCACAAAUUUCAUGAGAAUGAAAUCAGCAAUUCCACCGCUUACAGUGGUAAAACGCCCAAGACGGGACGACGGGCUGGUCAUCGAUGUUACGUGGACGCAAACAAUGGGAAAGUCAAUUGCUCCGAUGUAAUCUAUAAUGAUGAGAAAACUUGGCGCACAUCUCGCAAUCAAAUCGACAUGUUGAUCAAAUUGUUGAAGGAUAAAAUCAGCACAUUAAAAGAUAUGAAGAAACAGAUGCGAGAGAGCAAGCAACAGGCGGCGGCGGCGGCAAAUGGACGACGAGGCGAUAGUCGACGACGAAAUGAGCUACUCUCAGAGACUGGAGAAGUACCCGAAUUCAACAUGAGUUACUUCAGAGAGGUGUCACACACUCCACGUCCCAUAUAUCAGCAAUCCACAUCCACAGCAAUGUCUAGCCCCUUGGGACAAAAAGAAAUCUUUCAUCAAGGCUCCAGCUUUGAUGAGGCGCACACAUCAGUACCAGAAUCAUCGACGCAUCGCCAAUAUGCCUCACGGGCCGAAUGCUAUUGCGAAGCUGAUAUCGGUGAAAACAAUGCUGAUUCUAAGGAAAUGGCUCGAGAGGCACGCCGCAAAUUAAAAGAGGAACGUCAACGGAAAAAGGAACGGAAACGUAUUAAGAAGGCACGCCUGGAGAAGGAAUGCUUAUCGGAGAAGAUGAAUUGCUUUUCGCAUGAUAAUCAACAUUGGCGUACGGCACCAUUGUGGAAUGACAGUCCAUUUUGUUUCUGCAUGAAUGCCAAUAAUAAUACCUAUUCCUGCUUAAGGACCAUAAAUGCCACACAUGAUUUUCUAUACUGUGAAUUUACCACUGGCCUGGUGACCUUUUAUAACUUAACUAUAGAUCGCUUUGAGACGACAAAUCGUGCUGCUAGUCUCACGCCGGGUGAAAGAGCCCACAUGCAUGAUGCCCUCGAGCAAUUGAAAAGUUGUCGUGGUCGCAACUGCAGUAUACGCAGACAUCAGGCGCCACAUUUAGAGCAGAUGCAACAUGUUCCGAGCCCCAGCAAUCAAGUGCAACGCAAUAACAAACGAAAACAUGUUCCUCUUUCGGGCAGUGUAGGACACUUUGGAUUUGUAGCAGGGCGCUCGGAAACAGAUGGAUCACCUAUAAAACGACGCAAGCUCUCCAAAUAUCAUAGAUGGACUGGAUCACAGCAUAUGCAUUUGAAGCGUAGGCCCUGGAAGCAUCAACAUACACAGCAGCAUUCCCACAAAUAUUUAUCCACCCAUUCAGGAGUCGAAUCCGGGAUGGCUUCUCAUUCAGUAUCGGCUUAGAGAUGCAAUUGAAGUAUAUUGAGAGGAGGAGUCCUCUCCCAGUGAAUGCACACACACACACACACAUGCACAUAUCCCAUGCGUACCUUGCCUUCCUGCCACUGCUGUCGUUUUUCUUUUUCGAUUGGAUUUCUCUUCGUCACCAUUAUCAUACAUAUUCAGCAUCAACAUCAUGCAUAUAUAAGACUGUGUUUUUCCUUUUUCUACUUACAUUAUAAUUCGUAUUUCGUAUAUAUUUUUAUAUGUUUUAACUUGUCUAUAGCUUUUUACUACUCAUAUUGACUUGCCACAUAAUUUGUAUAUAUACAU